AUGAAAUUUUUAAAUCAAUAAAAAAAACAAGGUAAUUAGACAAUGAAUAAAUCUGAUUAAAUCUAAAAUGACUUAAAAAAUAAGGAACAAUAGAAAAAAUCAGAAAAUCUUAACAAUAGUAAAACCAUUAGAAAAAUACAAAAAAAUCUAAAAAUUUUAACGAAUAAUAAAGCAAAAAUACAGUAUACAUAGGAAGGUUAUAAAGUAUAUAGUACUGAAGAAUCGAAAAUAGGGAAGGGAGGUAAUAGUAAUUUAUGUCCUUUUGAUUACGAAUGUUGUUUUUGA